AUGGAGACCCCUAGAGGCUGGAGAGAGCGAGACUUAGCUAAGUACAAGCUUAUCCAAUCAGGUGAAGCCAAUUUUGGCCACAUCAACAUGGCUCCAAAGGUUCCAUCACUAGCCAAAUCCUCUUAUGUGGUCGUUUAUAAUAAUGCCAACUAA